AUUUAGUUUCGUACAUAGACUAUGUCCAAAGCUUCUUGGCCGUACACAUCCUGAACUGGCGAGACAAAAGUUGUUUGCCAUUGAUACAAAAUGGCGACAAUAAGUGCUUUUCCUACGCCUUUGGUUAUGCGUUUGCUGGCAGCAUCAGUAUCUGUUUCAUACAAAGCAGGAAGCAUAAUUAGAGAUAUUUUAAAAACUGGAGAUCUAGGCAUUGUCGAAAAGGGUAAAAAUGAUCUCCAAACUGAGGCAGAUCGAGCAGCCCAGCGGUGUAUAGUGGCAACCCUUCAUCGGCAGUUUCCUAAAGUUGCCAUCUUUGGAGAAGAGAGUUUAGAUCCCAAUGACAACAUUCCUGAUGACUAUAUAGUCAGAAAUCUUGAUGAGAGUGUCUUGUCACAUCCAUGUCCAGAUGGAUACAAGGAUGUAACAGAUGAUCAGGUUGUUAUAUGGGUUGAUCCCCUGGAUGGUACAGCUGAAUUUACCCAAGGUCUGCUGGAUCAUGUGACUGUACUUAUAGGUAUUGCUGUCAAUGGUGAGGCCAAGGGAGGCGUCAUUUAUCAGCCAUAUUACAACUACCAACUGGAAUCUAAAGCACCACUAGGGCGUUGUAUCUGGGGAUUAGUUGGCUUAGGUGCAUUUGGCUUUGUGCCUGUAGCUCCACCAACAGAUAAAAAUAUUAUAACAACAACACGGUCCCACUCUGACUGGGUGGUCUCAGAGGCUGUCAGUGCUUGUGAGCCCUCGGAUGUCAUCAAAGUGGGAGGUGCUGGCCACAAGGUCCUGUUGCUGUUGGAGGGCAAGGCCCAUGCCUAUGUGUUUGCCAGUAAAGGCUGUAAAAAGUGGGACACGUGUGCCCCUGAAGCUGUUCUCCACGCCCUGGGUGGACGUCUGACAGAUCUCCUGGGUCACCAGAUUCUCUACCAUGCCAAGGUGCAAAGAAAAAAUGCUGGAGGGGUGCUAGCUACUCUCAGCAAUCAUCACUGGUAUGUGGACAAGAUUCCAAAGGAGAUAAAGGACCACUUUGUUUCUGAUACCCCCAGUGAAGAAAUGGUACAAAGGAAACAAAAAGCCCUUGCGGCCAUGAAUUUCCAAUGUGGUGAUUUUGGAUCUUCAGUUGAUCCUCCGGAAUAUGGUGGCCAGGAUGAUUAUUCCGAAGCUUCAGCCAUUUCUGAAAUUUCUAAAUCUCUUCAUUCUGAAGCCUCGAAGAUGUAACAAGUUUGUGGCGCCAAGACUGAAGAUUUCCUUUAUUUUAGUCAGAUCUUUAGUAAACAGCUUAUGGCUAUAUAUCACCUAAGUGUCACUGAAGAGGCAUGCAUAGUAGGACCUGUGAUGGAGAAUGAGAUGAAUAAUCUAUGUAUAUGUGAUAUGUGUUUUCUAUUUCCAGAAGUGUUUAAAUGUUGUCAUUGUAUGGCUGUUAACAUUAACAAUUGUUAUAUUUCUGUUUACAUUAGCAACUUUCCCUAAGGGAGAGUUAUAUGAGUUGUCUCUGAAUUCUUAUCAGAUCAUUUUUACAUUAAAAUAAUGGAAGAAAUAUUGUUGCCCUCCAAGUUAUUUCAAACCUUUGAUACAUUAAAAAUUACAUCCAACUCUUAUUAAAAAUUAGCUUUACCAUGUAACAUUUUUUUUUUCCAAAAUAUAAAUGGAUUCUUUGUUUUGUCUAGUACUUGAUUAUUAGAUGAAAAUAUAUGCCUCACUGUAAAUUAAAAACUUUAUUUUCUUUUUUUGUUUAGAAAAGAAAUUUUUAAAAUUAAAAUAAAAUU